GCAAAAUUGACAAGUAUUCGGAAAAAAUGGCAGUACCGACAAUGCCGUGCACGUACGAGUUUUCCAGAGGCUUCGGUACGGGUGUGGCAGAAGCGCUUGGAAACUGGGGCUUUUCUAACAGAACGUGUAGCACUGGCCAAGAGCUACGUCGUUUAAAGUGUCUUUUUGCAGAAAUGGAUUCUUUACGCAGUAACAAACAACCAAUGACAUGUGUUAAAUACGAUCCCAGAUACGAUCCCGAUGCAUGGUACGUUAAGCCUAGCCCUGAUGAAUGUAAGCCUGCAUGGACAUUUGCUAUAAAAAGGCCUCUUAUUACUUACUGUUCGACCGCCAUAAUUAUUAAAACUUCAAAUCUACGUGAAAUCAGAUCAGAAUUAACUGACUCGAUUCCUGGCCGCAGCUAUGUUCAACAGGGUGUAUGUAUAUAAUGUUUUAAUGAGUUUAGUCAUUUCAAACAAGCUAGCAAGGUUUUUAUUAUGGAU